AUGGUUAUAUACUUUAUGUAUACAAUCACAAAUGGAUACCAUAGGACAUUACGUCCUAGUGAAAUAAAUAAAAUUGUAGAUUUUAAUUCAUCACACGAAUUAAUAUAUAUAAGCAAUGCCGUACUUACAUAUAUUUCUCACUCGCUGCGAAUAAUCGGGCAUCCUUUAAAAGAGAUGGAUGUUCGCAAUGAACUCUCUAAUUAUCUGAUGGGGAAUUAG